CCAAUAGAGUUAGAACAGAAACGAACCAUCUUGUUAGUGUGAACAGAAGCAGCUAAGCUAGCCAUGAGCUAACUGUCCGGUCCUGUACUUAAGUGACAUUUCACAUUUGAAGUCUACGUUGAGCAUCUAAGGGUCUUCUAGAAGGUGCACAUCAUGGGUGAACCACAGCAGGUCAGCGCUCUGCCUCCUCCGCCUAUGCAGUACAUUAAGGAGUACACAGAUGAAAAUAUCCGGAAGGGUCUGGCUCCCAAGCCACCUCCACCUAUCAGAGACAGUUACAUGAUGUUUGGCAACCAGUUCCAAUGCGAUGACCUUAUCAUCCGGCCUCUGGAGAGCCAAGGCAUCGAGAGACUCCAUCCUAUGCAGUUUGACCACAAACGGGAGCUCAAGAAACUCAACAUGUCCAUUCUUGUGAACUUUCUGGACCUGCUGGACAUCCUUAUCAAAAGUCCUGGCAGUAUAAAGCGUGAAGAGAAGCUGGAGGACAUAAAGCUUUUGUUUGUUCAUAUGCACCAUCUGAUCAAUGAGUACAGGCCUCACCAAGCCAGGGAGACACUGAGGGUGAUGAUGGAGGUGCAGAAGAGACAGAGGCUAGAGACGGCAGAGAGGUUCCAGAAACAUCUGGAGAGGGUGGUGGAGAUGAUCCAGGGGUGCCUUGCCUCACUACCUGAUGACUUACCUCAGCUGGAGGGUUCAGAAGGCCCUGGUGAUGGGACAAAGAGUGUGUCUGCAGCAGUUGGUGUUGGUGGUUCCUCUGGGCAGGCCCCCAGGCUAAAAACAGAACCUAUGGAUGUAGAGGAAGCAGGCGGCAGCUGCAUGGCAGCAGGUCACCAGGACAAGAACAUCCCCACAUCAAAGAGGGACAAAAUAUGGGACCAGGAUGCUGCCAUGUGCAGUAUUAUUGAUGAAUUAGCCUAGGUGUAAUUCUGGGUAGUUGUUUGUUUUCUACACAUACAUGGUGUUUUUGUGUUGUACUUGGUGUAAAUAUGAAUAUGUUUUUCUGAUUUUUCUGGGCCUGAAAUUCUACUUGGUGUUGAAUGGUGCUUUGUUUUGAACCUAUGAUAUAGGCACUAUUACCAAUUCCUGUAAAGAUAUUCAAGAAAUUGAAGUAUUUCACAAAUCCAUUGGGCUGCCAAUUUUCAAUUGUUUGCAAUAAAACCAAUAAAGAAAAUCCUCUUUGGCAGUAGGAGUGCAGUGCGGUCACCACAGCUCAAGGGUAGACAUAUCAGGUCACAAAAUUUAAUGCAAGCACGCGAGCUGCAGCUAUCAGUUAUUUUAGUAAUCGACUACUCUAUCGAUUAUUGUGGCAAUUAAUCGAGUAGUCGGAUCCUGUGCUUGACAUGCACAGUACAGCAUCAAAAAUGGAAGUGUGUGCGCUGUGCAAAAGAAAUAACCGUCCUGGCAGAACAGGAUGGUGUGGUACAGGGGUAUUCAACUAAAACUCAAAACCAUGGGAACUCCACAUGUAUUUAGUUGGUGAUGCAGAAGCCACAUAAAUAUGCUUUCAUGUUUAAACUGCUGGUGUUGCAGCUGAUAAGAAAACUGAUCAGUUUGUCGGUAUUUAUUACACAGAAUUUUCAAUUAGUACCAUCAGUUUCACUUUGAUUUGGCCACAAAUUAAAAUGAUUUCCUUCAAUAUGAGAGUGUCAGACCUACAUGCACUUCAGUACAAUAUCAUGUUUGAAUAUAUGAAGUUUGAUACUUUUAUUGAGCAGCUGUCUCCUAGAAAUAAUCAGCUGCAGUGAUCGGAAAAAUAAAUAAAUUAUGCAUAUGUAA